CGACUGACACCCCGCCCGGCCAAUCGAGCUGCACACGCCAGCCCUCGGGCCGGGCUCGGCCCCGCGCUCAAACCGGCAGCGCCAAGCCUGCUCCAUGGAGGCCGUACUGGGGCAGGUGGAGCAGCUGCCCGCGCUCCUGGCCGUGUCCCGCUCCGCGCUGGUGCGGGACUGGGACGGCCUCACGCUGGACAGGGCUCUGGAGUGGGCCCGCUAUUUCCAGCACCUCCAUGACCGGUUCCGUGCCCGUCCCCAGCUCCGGGAGGCCCUCGGGCGGCGGCUGCGCCGCUCCCAGCCGUGCCCUCUGCUCGGCUUCCCCGCGCUGGGCCGCUGCCCGCAGCUGCUGGGGCUGGCGCUGCUGGAGAACCGCGCUCUGCCGCCCGCCGCCUGCCGCCGCCUGCUCCGCAGCCUGCUGCAGCCUCCCGCCGCGGGGCCUGCCUCCGACCCCCGCGGGCUGGGGCUGCUGGCCCGCCGCAAGGCCGCUGCCCGCCUGCUGGCCUUGCCCCGCCGCGGCCCCGGGCCCGAGCCGCAGCUGCAGGUGGAGGCGCGGCUGCUGCUGAGCAGGCUGCGGCAGGAGGCCGGGGAGGCCGCGGGGCGGCUCUGCGGGGCUCAGGAGGGGCUGCAGGCCGGGGAGGCCGCGGGGCGGCUCUGCGGGGCUCAGGAGGGGCAGCUGCCCUGGUUGUGCGGGGCUCUGGAGCUGCUGCCCCAGCCCCGCGCCUUCGGGGUGGUGGCGGCGGCGCUGGUUCUGCUCAAGCAAGGCCAUGGCGCUGAGCAGGCCGGGGAUAGGGAUGGGGAUGGGGAUGGGAGCAGCAGCCCAGGGGGGUACCAGGAGAGUGCUGCAGGAGAGGAAUGCACCGCCGGGCUCCUGCUUUCCUGGCUGCUGGGCAACCAGGAACGAUUUUCUGCCUUCUGCCUUUGCAUCCCUUGUUCCCAUCUCGCCUUCCUGGCUGGUCACUACUCCCAGUUAUGUAGAUCUUAUUUGGACCUCUUAACAGGCUGGGGAAGAUGCUUGCACUAUGACCCCUUGCAGGGACAGUGGGUCAGAAGUUGCCUUGAGAAAGCUGAAUUGUCCUGGGAGGAAUUAAGGGAGCACUUCAUCUGCCUCUGUCAGGGAUCCACGCCGCUCAAAGAACAGACCCAAGCUGCCUUGGAACUCCUGAGGACACAAGAUGGAGACUUCAGAGUCCGUGGCCUAAGUGUGUGGACUGACUUACUGAUGGAAAUAGGCUACUCAUGCAUGGACACAAAAGCAACAAAGAAACUUAAAAAAUCAAGUAAAUCUGGUUAACUUUAUUUGGUGUGAAAGGCCAGACAGCUACUCCUCACUUCGUUGAAAACCAAAUGUUACUGUGGCUGCUGAUCACAAUGAUUCUGACUGCAUCUGGUUCUGAAAUCUUUCAGGGAGGCCUGGUGUUUUCUUGUGGUUGUGCUGUCAUUUCUGGUCAACACAGAAAAUGUCUUCCUUUUCCGUACUUGCUGAUUAAUUAUCUAAUAAAAUGAAGAAAAUCCAUUCUGUUUCAAA